AUGUAUGCUCCAGAUUAUGCUCUUACGGAUUUAAUUGAAUCGGAUCCUCGCUUUGAAAACUUGAAAGUUAGAUUAGCUGGUUACACCAAAGGCUCUGAUGAAUACAUUGAGGAACUGUAUUCUCAGCUACCAUUGUCCAGCUGGCCAAGGUACAAAACCUUUUUAAAGAAACAAGCGGUUGCAGUUUCAAAUUCGGAUAAUGAGUCAGGUUUUAGUCCAAUUUAUAGGAGUUCCCUUUCUUCGGAAAAUUUGAUCAGCUGUGUUGAUAAAAACCUAAAAACUGCAUACGAUCACUUCAUGUUUUCUGCCAGAAGAUGGCCUCAACGUGACUGCUUAGGUUCAAGACCAUUUGAUAGCGUUACCGGUACUUGGGAGGACACAUACCGUUUCGAGUCGUAUUCCACAGUAUCUAAAAGAUGUCAUGAUAUCGGAAGUGGUAUUUUGUCAUUAGUAAACACGAAAAAGAAACGCCAGUUAGAAGCCAAUGACUUUAUUGUUGCUAUUUUAUCACACAAUAACCCUGAAUGGAUCCUGACAGAUUUGGCUUGUCAAGCAUAUUCCCUAACUAAUACGGCCUUGUACGAAACGUUAGGCCCAAAAACCUCAGAAUACAUAUUAAACUUAACUGAAGCCCCCAUUCUUAUUUUCGCAAAGUCCAACAUGUACCAUGUAUUGAAAAUGCUGCCCGAUAUGAAAUUUGUUAAUACUCUAGUUUGCAUGGAAAAAUUAAAUAAUGAUGAGUUGAGUAUGCUAAAUGAAUCACUUCUAUCUGUCAAGAACAACUCUUUGAAUGAAAAAAUCACAUUUUUUUCAUUGGAGCAAGUAGAGCAAGUUGGUCGUCUUAACAAAAUCCCUCCAAUUCCACCCACUCCAGAUUCCUUAUAUACGAUUUCGUUUACUUCUGGUACCACAGGUUUACCUAAAGGUGUAGAAAUGUCUCACAGAAAUAUUGCGUCUGGGAUAGCAUUUGCUUUUUCAACUUUUAGAGUACCGCUAGACAAAAGAAACCAACAAUUACAUGAUAUGUGUUUUCUGCCAUUAGCUCAUAUUUUUGAGAGAAUGGUUAUUUCCUAUGAUUUGGCCAUCGGAUUUGGGAUAGGGUUUUUACAUAGCCCAGACCCAGCCGUAUUAGUAGAAGAUUUAAAAGUCUUGAAACCAUAUGCAAUUGCUCUAGUUCCCAGAAUAUUAACGCGAUUCGAAGCAGGUAUAAAGAAUGCCUUGGAUAAAUCUGCUGUUCAGAGAAACGUGGCAAGCACUAUAUUAGACUCUAAAUCGGCCAGAUUUACCACGAAAGGUGGUCCAGAUAAGUCGAUCAUGAAUUUUCUAAUUUAUCAUCGUGUACUGAUUGAUAAAAUCAGAGACUCAUUAGGGUUGUCCAAUAACUCUUUCAUAAUUACCGGGUCGGCUCCCAUAUCGAAAGACACUUUACUGUUUUUGAGGAGUGCUCUGGAUAUUGGUAUAAGGCAAGGUUACGGUUUAACUGAAACCUUUGCUGGUGUCUGCUUGAGUGAACCAUUUGAAAAAGAUGUUGGAUCAUGUGGCGCUAUAGGUAUUUCCGCAGAAUGUAGAUUGAAGUCUGUCCCAGAAAUGGGUUAUCAUGCUGAUAAGGAUUUGAAAGGUGAGUUGCAAAUUCGGGGCCCACAGGUUUUUGAAAGAUAUUUUAAAAACCCAGAUGAAACUUCAAAAGUCGUUGGUCAAGAUGGUUGGUUUUCUACCGGAGAUGUUGCAUAUAUCGAUGGAAAAGGUCGCAUUAAUGUCAUUGAUCGAGUCAAGAACUUCUUUAAGCUAGCCCACGGUGAAUAUAUAGCUCCAGAGAAAAUCGAAAAUAUCUAUUUAUCAUCAUGCCCCUAUAUUACACAAGUAUUUGUCUUCGGAGAUCCUUUAAAAACGUUUUUAGUUGGGAUUGUUGGUGUUGAUGUUGAUGCAGCUCAACCGAUUUUGGCUGCAAAGCACCCGGAAGUGAAAACAUGGACUGGGAAGUUGCUAGUAGAACACCUGAACCGUGAUAAAAAGUUACGAAAGGAGUUUUUAAACAAAAUUAAUAAAUGCAUUGAUGGAUUACAAGGAUUUGAAAAAUUACACAACAUCAAAGUCGGACUUGACCCUUUAACUCUCGAAGAUGAUGUUGUAACACCGACUUUUAAAAUUAAGCGUGCUAAAGCCUCAAAAUUCUUCAAGAAUACAUUAGACCAGCUAUACGACGAAGGUUCACUAAUCAAGGCGGAAAAGCUUUAA